UCUCUGGGAAAAGGAACUAGGUAGUAGUGACUCCGCGUGCAUGUGACUUGAGACAUUUACAAGCAUGUUUUCUUGGACUCCAGGCCAGUUGGUUUAAUUCAGAGGCAUUUAUUUCCAGUUUGCGUGAGAUUUUCUAAAGAUUCCAGUCCCGGCAAGACAGCUCCCACCAUGUCACCCGGGAAAGAUCGGGAAGCAUUAUAUGAAGAUGCUUCUGGGGAAGGCGUCACCACAAUUUACAGCAGUGCGGCACCGCCACAGGUUUCAGACUCUACCGAUGAAUUUACCACCUACUUUGAUCAGAAAAUUCCUAUCCCGGAAGAUGAGAAGCAUCCCUGGUUCAGUUUUCGAAAACUCUGGGCCUUCACGGGGCCAGGCUUUCUCAUGAGCAUCGCCUACCUGGAUCCAGGCAACAUUGAAUCGGACCUACAGUCGGGUGCCGUUGCAGGGUUUAAGCUGCUCUGGGUUCUCCUGCUGGCCACAGUCAUUGGCCUGCUCUUGCAGCGGUUAGCAGCGAGGCUAGGGGUGGUAACGGGACUUCAUCUGGCGGAAGUAUGCAACCGGCAGUAUCCAAAGGUUCCACGGAUUAUCUUGUGGCUGAUGGUGGAGUUGGCUAUCAUUGGGUCCGACAUGCAAGAAGUCAUCGGCUCAGCAAUCGCUAUUAACCUCUUGUCUGUUGGGGGGGUCCCUUUGUGGGGUGGGGUUCUCAUAACCAUUGCUGACACCUUUGUGUUUCUCUUCCUGGACAAGUACGGCUUGAGGAAACUUGAGGCAUUUUUCGGCUUCCUGAUUACUAUUAUGGCCAUUAUGUUUGGAUACGAGUACGGUACAGUAAAACCAGACCAGGGCCAGCUACUAAAAGGGAUGUUCAUGCCGUAUUGUGAUAAAUGUGGCCCUCCUCAGCUAGAACAAGCUGUGGGCAUUGUGGGUGCGGUCAUCAUGCCACACAACAUGUACCUGCAUUCUGCUUUGGUUAAGUCUCGGCAGAUAGACCGAUCCAACAAGAAAGAGGUCAAGGAGGCCAACAAGUACUUCUUCAUAGAGUCCUGCAUUGCCCUCUUCAUCUCCUUCAUCAUCAAUGUCUUCGUCGUCUCCGUCUUUGCUGAAGCUUUCUACAAUAAAACCAACGCAGAAGUGCAUGACGUGUGUUCGAAUACCAGCAUUUCACAUGCUGGGCUGUUUCCACUGAACAACGAUACCCUGGAAGUAGAUAUUUAUAAAGGGGGCGUCGUUCUGGGGUGUUAUUUUGGACCUGCUGCUCUCUACAUCUGGGCUAUCGGGAUUCUUGCGGCGGGUCAGAGCUCAACAAUGACGGGGACCUACUCUGGACAGUUUGUCAUGGAGGGGUUCCUGAAUCUGAAGUGGUCACGUUUUGCUAGAGUGGUUCUGACCCGCUCUAUUGCUAUCACCCCAACACUCCUGGUUGCCAUUUUCCAAGAUGUGGAACAUCUGACUGGCAUGAACGACUUCCUAAAUGUUUUGAUGAGUUUACAGCUUCCCUUUGCUUUAAUUCCUGUCCUCACCUUUACCAGUCUGCGUCCAGUGAUGAAUGACUUCGCCAAUGGGCUAGGCUGGAAGAUUGCUGGGGGAAUUCUUGUCGUGAUAAUCAUUUCCAUUAACAUGUACUUCGUAGUGAUCUACGUCACGGCACUGGGGCAAAUGGUAUUGUAUGUCAUUGCCUCACUUAUCAGCAUUGUGUAUCUAGCCUUUGUGGCAUACUUGAGUUGGCAGUGUCUAAUUGCUCUCGGGAUUUCCUCCCUGGCCUGUGGGCAAACGUACCACCUGGGACUCACUGCACACCCUGAACUCUUCCUUCUCAACAAUAUCGAUGCUGACCCGGUCAUGAGUAGAUGAAUCCCUCUGAAUCACAGUAGUGAGAGCACAGUGUUAUGUUUAAAAUCUGAUGCUGCACAGAACCAAGCGUUAAUCGGUUCGGAAAUGAACAUGCGUUCAAGGGCCGUGAACGGACUCGGACUUUGCUCUCGCGAGAGGAACAGAAAGUGUGUGGAGGGGAGCAAAACGUACCUGGAGAAUGGACUUCUGUAGAGUUGGCACCCAAGUUUAAUUGGGAGGUUUAUUAGCGGACUGCUGACAUUGUGUACGCAUAGCAUAUGAUGCACCAUAAGAGAGUGGGGCGAUAGACGAUACCUGCAGACCUGUGCCUUUAAAGUGUAGCCUGUAAAGUUGUGGGCGGGGCACAGUUGGAAACAAGAAAUGAUAGGCUGGAGGGAUGAACCCUUCCUCCUUCCUCCACUCUCAUUCUUCCCUCCUCCCCUCAUCUCUUUUCCUCCCAUUUGGGCUUAUUGCCUAACUCAGAGCCUAACGGUGGGAGGAGUUGAAGGGGGGGGAGAGGUGAAGAGAAAAAAGUUUCUACGUUUCUUUAAUGCCCCCUUGCUUUGUCACUUGAAAUCCCCCUUUGCUUUACAGGUGUUUAGCGGCAUUCAUGUGUUUGAAAACACAAGUCAGCCAUCAUCUCAUGUUCUUUCACCUUGAGUCUCUGCAUCUUGGUUUUUUAGGUACAGGGUUUUGAAACUUUCUCUUUUUUAAGAAAUGUAAUAUAUUUGGGGUACUUAAAUGCUUCUCUCUGAAGCAGCUGCUGACAGGGGCUUCUAUUUGUUACAGACCUAUGUGUCUAUGGUAGAAAGGGAGGGACAGCUUGUCCCAGCCCCAGAUUUCUGGAACCCUUCCCAAAACUGAGACAGGCCCCACAUUUAUUUAAAAAUACGUAUCCUGUUGAUGGAAAUCGGUGCAUGCAAAAGAAAAUACAGACAUGUAAAGCCAAACGGAAAGAGACACGGUCAAAAUCCACCCAGAACAACUUCUUUGCAAAAGACCCACAAAAGAUGAACAGAUGCUACACAACAGCACAAAGUGCAGGUCUUCAAGAUGGCUUCCACAUAGCAGCAAUUUGCCAUGUAGUGUUGUUGCCAUUGUGAAUGGCAUUUGCAGCAGCAACAGAGUGUCCACAGAGGACAGUAUGGUGAACUUGCCUUGCUUCAGCGAACUGUAGUUCCUCUCCUCUCGUGUCACAGGAGGGUUAUUUUAGGGCUUUUUUAAAAAAGCAACAACUGCGACAUUGCUGUAGCAUUAUAACUAUCGAUUAUUAAGGUUCCUCUGAAUUCUCAGCUUUCAUUUUUAAGAAGUCUCUAGUCCUUUUUGUUGCAGAGAUAGAAAGGGUGCACCUUUCCCCUUAUAUCUCUGCAAUGAAAAGGACUAGUGGCUUGGGCUAUCAGAACUUGUACUUUUUAAAUCCUUUGGUUGCUGGAUUAAAUGGCUAUAGCUCUGAGCAAGUCCUAAUCAUAUUUUUUAAAAAAAACACCUGGGAAUUCAGAGGAGACUGUGGCAAUAGAUUAUUAGAACAUUAUAACACUAUAGCAGUCUAGCAGUUACUGAUUCUUUUAAAAAGCCCAUUGCUUGCAUUGAAUGUUUGCCCACACCUAUUUUCAAUGCUAGCUGAAGUUUGACUAAUCUGCAUCUAGUCCAGUACCAAUGUGUUGCCUUGUACACUGUACAUCAGUAGAUUCCUUUCAAAACUAACUACCAUCCUUCGCCAUUGACUUCAAUGGAUUUAACUCUAUUUAGAAUAGCACUGUCUAUUGCUCUGAAUUCUUUUCCCCUUCCUAACUGAGCCGAGUACAUUCCAUAUUUCCAUACAACUGCAUGAGAAAUCAUAGAACAGUAAGAUCAAAGGGAAGGCAAAGUGAUAUAUUUGUGUCUUGAUUCAAGACAUGGCUAUACUAGACAUUUCAAAUGGUCUAAAGCCAUUUCAAAUAGUUUAAGGUCAGAUUAACUUCCGCGGUCUCCCCCAAAUAACUCUGGAACAGUGUCAUUUUGAGAAGGUGCUGAUGGUUGGUUUUGCUUUGUUUUGUUUAUCGGAGAUCUCUAAAUAUGUCCAGAGAACUACAGUUACUGGGAAAAGGCAAACUCUGAAAUACGAUUAGGCUUUGCUCAGAACGGUUGCCAUUUAAUGCAGCAACCAAAAGAUUUUUUAAAAAAUUCCGAUUUCCCAAUCCUAAACAUGUUACUUUGAAAUCGCACUGAUUGCAGAGGAGUUCAUUUCCAAUAACAACAAUUUAGGAUAGUAGCAUUUUGUGUUCCUUUUAAAGGUUCAGAAUCUCAAAUUCAGAGCUUGGAACUGAUUGUCCAAUAGUCAUGGGCCGUCGCCACACGACUCACCUUCAAUCGGAACGUUGUGAAAAAACCGCGGAAGAUAGCGUUUUCUCGCGCUAGUUUUGCAUGAUGUCGUGCAAAACUCGCGCGAGAAAACGCUAUCUUCCGCGUUUCUUUCGCAGCGUUUCGCGCCGUUCUGAUUGAAGGUGAGUAGUGAGGAAAUGGCCCUGGAGUGAAGACAGAUUCACCCCAAGUGAAUCUCCUAAAAGUUCUCUUUGAAAGUGCUGCAUGAAUAUUAAUAUGUUUCAUCAUCUUACUUUUUAAAAUGAAAACUCUUUUUAAAUAUAAAGCUGCUCUGGUAAUGAAGGUGGAAGUUUUCAUGGUGACAUAGUAUGGGACAGGCCAUCAAUAUGCCAAACACAGUUGGCUUUUGGUUCCGUCUUGCAGAGCCGUUUCUUGUCCCGAGCUUGAACCUGGAGAGGAAUUAUCACAAAUGAACUGACUUGAACGUGGUAAGGGUGCUUCCAGAGGACCCCCGCUACUUUAAAAAAACGUUACUUAUGUCUUCACCCCAAUAUGAACUAAGUAUUUGAAAUUCUGCGGCAACAGAAUUGCCUUUGGGUGGUCAGAUGGUUUGAAAUAAUAUAUUUACUAUCUGUGUUCUGUUACAAAUCCCAUUCUCCCCUCUAUUUUUUUGUAAUGAUUUUUCUAAAAAUUGGCAGUAAUUUAUUUUGUACUUGUUACUAUUUGAUUUUUAGUUUCAAUGAUGGUCCGGAUUUACAAAUAAAUAUUUCAGUU